AUGCGCUGAGAGCGGCGGGGCGGGGCCGGCGCGCGCGAGGGCCAUGGCCACUUACAGCGUCGCCAACGAGCGGCUGCGGGUUCUGGAGGAGCUGGAGCGCGAGAUCGGCGCCUCGCUGCAGAGCGCGGGGAAUGUGAUCCUGGAGCUGUCGAAGGAGAAGCCGAACGAGCGGCUGCUGGAGCGUCAGGCUGCCCAGUUCACCGCCUCCGUGCAGAAGGUGGAGUCGGAGCUGUCGGGGCAGAUCCGCUACCUCACCCAGGUGGCCACGGGGCAGCCCCACGAAGGCUCCAGCUACUCGGCCCGCAAGGGCUGCCAGAUGGCGCUUAACCGGGUCGACUACGCCCGGGUGAAGCUGGUGGAGCUGGCGCGCACCUGCGAGCACAUGCUGGAGCAGUAGGGGGCGCUGCCAGGAGCUCGGCACACGCCAAGGACAUGGGAUCGCCGCUGGGCUCUGCGUGUCAGGCGGGACCGGCUCUGCCAUUUGCCACAGCCGUGACCAGUGAGGAGGCCCCGGGACACGCCGCAGCACAUCCUGGGAUGACACAGGAUCUCAGGCCUGCCGUGGCGUGGCGUGGGAUCAACAUGGCAGCUGGGCCACGCUCCAACAUAUGAACCGGUGUCCCCCUGUGACCACACCCUCCCACCCCCGGGCGUAGCGGGAACAUGCUCUGACCCACACAGUCACCAACUCUCGGCUCGGGGGCAGGCGGGGGCUGUUUUUUCUACUGCCUGUGUUAAAUAAAAGGGGAAAAUACCCAAAUUGC